AUGCUCGGCUUUCUGUGGUCCCGGAUCUCUGGCUUAGAUAGUCCUGUUCGCCUCACACGAGCUGAAGCCACACGGAGAGUGCUAAGUUUGGAGUUAAACAAGGACAGGAAUGUUGAGCGAAUGCAUGAAAAUGGGAUUAAUGCGCUUGACAUUGAACCUGUGGAAGGAAGAUAUAUGCUAUCUGGUGGAUCAGAUGGCAUUAUUGUUAUUUAUGACCUUGAAAAUUUGAGUAAAAAGCCUUCGUAUACAUGCAGAGCACUGUGUAAGGUUGGUAAAGGCCAUCCUGACGUACACAAAUUCAGUGUUGAAACUGUUCAUUGGUACCCUCACGACACUGGAAUAUUUACGUCAAGCUCAUUUGAUAAAACUCUGAAGAUAUGGGACACAAAUUCACUAAAGCUAGCUGAAGUCUUUCAGUUUGAUGGUACUGUUUACAGCCACCACAUUUCUCCACUAGCUACCAAGCAUAGCUUAAUAGCAGUUGGAACAAAAAAUCCUAAAGUUCAGUUAUGUGACUUAAAAUCUGGCUCUUGUUCGCACAUUUUGCAGGGUCACAGAGGUGAAGUGUUGUCUGUCUGCUGGUCUCCACGAUAUGAUUUUAUUUUAGCAACUGCGAGUGCUGACAGUAGAGUAAAACUAUGGGAUGUCCGCAAAGCUACUGGGUGCCUGCUAACACUGGAUCAAUACAAUGGAGAGAAAUCGAAAUCAUCCUCAGAGGCUGCUAACACUGCCCAUAAUGGAAGAGUGAACGGGUUAUGCUUUACCAGUGAUGGGCUCCACCUAUUGACUCUUGGCACAGAUAACAGAAUGAGACUUUGGAACAGUGCUACAGGGGAAAAUACUCUGGUUAAUUAUGGCAAAGUUUCAAAUAACAGCCGUAAAUGUGUGAAGUUUACAGUUUCAGCAGGCUGCAAUCCAGACUUUGCAUUUGUUCCAGUUGAUAGCACAAUAGUUGUGUACACCAUAUAUACUGGUGAAAAAAUAAGUGUCCUGAAAGGACAUUAUAGUGAUGUAGACUGCUGUGUCUUUCAACCUCAAUAUCAGGAUUUGUAUAGUGGAGGCAAAGACUGUGAUGUUUUGGCUUGGGUACCCGCAAUGCGGGAGCCUGUUCCUGUUGAUGACGCUGAAUCAUCUAAGUCACAAGCCCAUAUUCACCCUGAUUUUCAGGAUGCAUGGAGUAGCAGUGAUGAGGAUUCUUGA